UGUCCUGUCUCUGUCUCUUGAACCUCCAACACCUCCAGGUGGCUGCCUCCCUUGGAACGUUCCGGAGGGGGCGCAAUCCCGGUUGGACUCAGCCCAGACGGCAGCGACAGCGACGCCAGCAGCAGCAUCCUAGGCUGGCCACGCGCUUCCCUCAACAUCCCCCGGACUUGAAUGUACCCUGCAGCCUGCACCUCCGCCGCGUCAUUUGGAGAUGAACUGGCAAGGGCUGAUCCGCGAGCUGGCCUUGUGUCUGGAGAGCCGGAUCCGGGAGGGUCUGUUGGCUUCCGGCGUCGGGUGGUCUCUGGUGCUGUGCUUCGGGGCCGCUUACGCCUGCUAUUACCUCAGCAGCAUCGCAAAGAAACCUCAGUUGGUGACUGGCAGUGAGAGCUUCUCCUGCUUUCUACAGGACUAUUGCCCUGUGGUAACAGAAACAUACUAUCCCACUGUGUGGUGCUGGGAGGGCCGGGUGCAGACUCUCCUUCGCCCUUUCAUCACAUCUCGACCGUACGUGCAAUACAGGAGUGAGCUUAUUACAGCAACCGAUGGAGGACAGAUUUCACUGGAUUGGUUUGACAAUCAUGAGAGCAUUCAUUACCCAGAUUCCAGCACCAGACCCAUUGUCCUGUUGCUGCCUGGCCUCACAGGAACAAGCAAAGAAUCCUACAUUCUCCAUAUGAUUCAGCAGAGCAAAACAUUGGGUUAUAGGUGUGUGGUUUUAAACUAUCGAGGAAUUGCUGGUGAAAAUCUCUUGACCCCAAGGACUUACUGUGCUGCUAAUACAGAAGAUUUGGAAACUGUUGUUCAUUAUAUACACAACUUGUACUCCUCAACUCUGUUGAUGGCAGCAGGUGUUUCUAUGGGAGGCAUGCUCCUUUUAAAUUAUUUGGGCAAAACUGGCAGAGAAACACCACUGAAGGCAGCUGCAAUUUUUUCAGCAGGAUGGAAUGUUUUUGAAUCUGCAGACUCACUGGAAAAACCAGUGAACUGGCUUCUCUUUAAUUACUAUUUAACCAGCUGUCUACAAUCUUCAGUUACUAGACAUCGGCAAAUGUUUGAUAAGCUAUUUAAUAUGAACCUUGUUAUGAAGGCUAAGACUAUUCGGGAAUUUGACGAACAGUUUACCUCAGUCAUGUUUGGCUAUCCUACAAUUGAUGAUUACUAUGCAGAUGCUAGUCCAUGUCACAGACUGAAGAGAAUAGGAAUUCCAGUGUUGUGCUUAAAUGCUAUGGAUGAUGUCUUCUCACCAAAUAAUGCCAUACCAGUAGAAAUUGCAAAACAAAAUCCUAAUGUAGCUUUGAUUCUUACUUCUUAUGGAGGCCAUAUUGGUUUUCUGGAAGGACUAUGGCCACGAAGAUGUACAUAUAUGGACAGAGUCUUCAAACAAUUUGUUCAAGCUGUGGUUGAGCAUGGAAGCAAAAUCCUGAACGUAUAGCAACUUAUCAGAAUCAUGAUUGCCAGCACAGCCGCAUAUUAUGACCAGGGUAACUAAGCUUAAUGCACAUGAUUUACCAAAUAAGCCACCAAAUGAAUGAAACCCAUUAUUAGGAGCAAAAUAUAGUUUUGCUUUGAUACUUUGCAAUAUUAUUACUUUAAAACAAUUUAAUAUGCCUUAUAAAAAUGACCUUAAAUAAAAAGAUCACUCUGCACACAUUAAAUUGCACUUAACCUAAAACCAUGUAAGGAAACAGAUAAUUACUCAGGUUUUUUUUAUUUAGAUAAUUGUUUUAGGAAUCAUACAUACUUGUUCACAUGCACAUAGUUUUCAAAAACACAAUUCUACUUAAUACAUUAAGUGCGCUUCUCUCUAAGGGCAUUGAUGGAGGAAAUGCUGUAGAAAGUGAUUUUUAAAGUAAUGUAGAUAGCAGUUCAAAAAGCCAUAUUUAACUUCAGCCAUGGGCUACAACAGCAUUACUGAUUUUUGCACUUAUUAGACCCGGUAGGGAUUAUAUUUACUGCUUUUUAAUUUCUAUUGAUGCCAUUUAUGUCUUACAUGACAUUGUUUUUUAUUAACUUACAACAUUUAUAUUUAUAACAAGUUUUAUGUUGAAAUGCAGAAUGGAAAUAAACUACAUUUUUAAAGAAAUAUCUUGCAUUUAAUGUUUUAUGCAGUUUUGAGCAAUGCUUGCAAAAUGUGUUUCAUAUAAGGAAAACUAUGCUUCUCAUUAGACUGCUGUCAUCAAGAAGUGUGUAAUAACAAAAUACAAUUGCCCCAGUUUCAACAGCAUCGCUGGAUUAUUUUCACUUUAACUCACCAUCCUUUUAGGAAUAGAACCAGCUUCAGAAAGAUGUGAAUCUUUUUCAAGAGGUUUUGAACCAGUUCGUUAAUUAUGUCAAUUGCUCAUCUCAGCUGCCUGUCAAUAAAGAACUAAAAUGGAA